AUGGCAAUUGGUUCAGGUUAUUCAACUGUUCAAUUCAACGUACAGCCGUCCGUUAACAAGCUCCUGCGUCACCUCAAGAAGGAGGAAAGCGGCCUGUACAAUUGCAUCAACUCGGUGAUAGAAGACGUGAUCUUCGUGAAGGAGAUUGCAAGCAUCUACCCUAGCUUGUCAUUGAUUGCCAACCUUCGCUGUGGGCUAUGGUACGCGCCGGAUUGCGCCGGGACUUGCUACUUCAAAUCCACUGAUGGCCAUUAUGGCAACUGGGGGUUCAGCAUCACCAGACUCAACCUACACGUCGCGCACCUAGCGGCUUGUGAAGGUGGAUGCUUGAUUGUGGAUGCUACCCGACGGGGAAAGACCUUUCCAGAUGCCUUCACAAAGACCAUCCCAAUAUGGGCAGCAGUCAUCAACCACGCCGUCAGCCUCGUGCGCAAGCAGCGUACUGAUACAGGUGCCGCAUGUGCCACAGAUGAUGGGAGAUCAUCCCCUGAGGCGCCAGAAUGGGACACUGAGCUGCAUGUACCGCCCUGGAUCUCGGCAAAUGAGGCAAAUCAGAUCAGCAUGCGGCUGGACGGCUGGGCACAGGAGCUCUUGGCGGUGGGCGCUGACGUGGCGGGGCUGGCAUUGGCGCUGACUAAGCCGCUGAGGCCGCUGUGGGUGUCGCAGCGCAGCCAGAUCUGGCUCAAUGAGGUCACCCAGCCGGCGGAUCUACCCUUCACACCCCUCAUCCUCGUCUCCGCCUCCCUGCCAAACGCUCGGCAGCGGCGUAGUGUCAGGGCUGGCAGCAGAGAGGGAGGCGGCGGGACGUAUGAGUAUGUGCCAGGGGCGGGCGACGAUGAGGAGAGCUGGGCCAGGGGGCUCACGCCGCAGCUGCUGUGGGCGCACAAGGAGGAGCUCGUCAGCGCCGGGCCGGACGGCGUGCACGAGGUGGUCAGGCGGAUCCUGCGCCACGGCGCCGCACCUUCCGCGCAGGAGGAAGCUGGGACUCCGCAGGUACCCUGCAGCUUCCCGGCACAUGCCCAUGCGUGGCCGGCAGAUGACGGCCUGCACAAUCUGGCGCCUGUGGGCGCCAGGAGCUGCCAGUCUUCAUCAAUUCGUUGCACAGGCAACGGGCUGUACUGGAUUGGGGAGACGGGGAUUGCUCUUGGAGCAUUGGCAGCUGGCAAGGCGCCGGAGGUCUGGAGCCACGUCGACGCGGUCCUCACUCUGGGCACAAAAGAGCACCCCAGCAUGGCGGAGGAACUCAAAACCGGCUUCGAGCUGC